AAGGGGCAGCAGAGAGAAGGCAAUCCGCACAAGUCACAACAGCCAGCGUACGGGUGAGAGGUGAUCGCGGCGGCAGCGAAGGCGAAGGCAGCAGCUGCCACAGGAUUGGAGUAAGAAAAGCUUCUAACAUAGGCAAGGACGUUAAGAGAAGACGAGAGAGUGAGGCCGAAGUGGUUCCGAAAAGAUGUUGCAUAGCAAGACAUUCGUCAAGAAAACUAGAGGCGGCAAAGUGAACAAGCAAGUCAGAGAGCACUAUCUCAGAGACGAUAUUUACUGUGGAGCUCCAAUAUGCAAAGUCUGUGAUUCCUCCGCUGCUCGCUUGAGUCCUUCUGCUUCCACCAUUCUCAUUGUCGACACCAAUGUGGUUCUCCAUCAGAUUGAUUUGCUUGAGAAUCCAGCAAUUGAUGAUGUGGUCAUGCUCUCAAUCGUGCUGGAGGAGGUUAAGAACAAGAACAUGGCGGUGUAUAAUAGAGUCAGAUCUCUCUGCAGCAAUUCCAUGAGACGAUUCUUUGUGUUUGCCAACGAACACCAUAAGGAUACUUUUGUCAAGGAAAUGAAUAAAGAAAGUAAAAAUGAUCGUAAUGACAGAGCUAUCCGGGUGGCUGCUCAGUGGUAUCAGAAUCAUCUUGGUGGUGCAGCUCGGGUUUUACUUAUAACUAAUGAUAGAGAGAAUAAGAGGAAGGCUAUUGAAGAGGGCAUUUCUGCAGAGACAGUUGAGUCAUAUGUGAAAUCAUUGGAUCAACCGAAUUUGCUUGACCUGCUGGUCCAACCUGCAUCAGAAGAUGUCAACAUGGAGGAAGUUGAAGAUUUGAGACCGUCAAAGAGGAAAGUUAUUUAUGCAGAGCAUAAGCCAAUGUCUGAGAUUACUUCUGGUUUGCACCGUGGAAUAUACCAUCAAGGAAAACUUCGUGUUAAUCGCUAUAAUCCCUUUGAAGCUUAUGUCGGGAGUGAGAGCAUUGGUGAUGAAAUAAUUAUUUAUGGGCGUGCAAACAUGAAUAGAGCCUUUGAUGGUGACAUUGUAGCGGUAGAACUUCUGCCUCAAGAUCAGUGGUAUGAAGAGAAGUCUCUAUCCAUAGCUGAUGAAGAGGAUGGGGAAGAAGAUGUUCAUCUUGUGCCAAACAGCGCUGAUGAUGCUCCCAGAACUACAAAUGUUGUGCAAGGUUCUGCAGGAGACACAAAAAUUGUGUCAUCUCGUCCAUCUGGCGUUGUUGUUGGUAUUAUAAAGCGGAAUUGGCACUCUUAUUGUGGAUCUUUGGAGCCAAUGCCCUUGCCUGCAGGUAGUGGAGGUACAGCCCAUGCCUUAUUUGUCUCCAAAGAUCGCAGGAUUCCUAAGAUUCGAAUCCAAACUCGACAGCUUGAAAAUCUUCUCGACAAGCGAAUUAUUGUGGUAGUUGAUUCUUGGGACCACCUAUCUCGAUAUCCUUCUGGCCACUAUGUACGGACCAUUGGAGAAAUAGGCGAUAGAGAUACUGAAAGUGAGGUAGUCUUGAUAGAGAAUGACAUAAACUCAAGACCAUUUUCUUCUCAAGUUCUGGCAUGCUUGCCAUCAUUGCCGUGGUCAGUGUCUUCUGAAGAUUUGGCAAAUCCUAUCAGGCAGGAUUUGCGGCAUUUGCGUGUCUUUAGUGUGGAUCCUCCUGGAUGCAAGGAUAUUGAUGAUGCACUGCACUGUAUAACUCUUCCAAAUGGAAAUUUUGAAGUUGGAGUUCAUAUUGCUGAUGUUACGAAUUUUGUGCUCCCUGGCACCCCACUUGAUGAUGAGGCUACCCAAAGGGGCACAUCUGUCUACCUUGUUGAGCGACGGAUUGACAUGCUUCCCAAACCUUUGACAGAAGACAUAUGUUCGCUUCGUGCAGAUGUUGAAAGGCUAGCUUUCUCUGUUAUUUGGGAAAUGACAUCUGAAGCAGAGAUUAUUUCGAAAAGAUACACAAAAAGUGUGAUAAAAUCUUCUGCAGCAAUGUCUUACAUUGAAGCUCAGGCGAGGAUGGAUGAUAGUCGAUUGAUGGAUCCACUAACAACAGAUUUGCGAAGUAUGAAUUCUUUAGCAAAGAUAAUGAGGUUUAAGCGUAUUGAGAGAGGGGCUUUAACUCUUGCUUCUGCAGAAGUCAAAUUUCAAAUUGACACUGAGACUCAUGACCCCCUUGAUAUUGGCAUGUACCAGAUUAGGGAAGCAAACCAAAUGGUUGAGGAGUUUAUGCUUGCUGCUAAUGUUUCAGUGGCAGAAAAAAUCCUUAAACAUUUUCCUGUUAUUUCACUUUUAAGGCGACAUCCUAGUCCAACCAGGGAAAUGCUUGAACCUUUGCUGCGUACGGCUGCUGCUGUUGGUCUCAACUUGGAUGUCUCUUCAUCCAAGGCAUUGGCUGAUUCACUUGACCAUGCUGUGGGUGAUGAUCCAUACUUCAACAAGCUGAUAAGGAUAUUGGCAACCAGAUGCAUGACACAGGCAGUUUAUUUCUGUAGCGGGGAUCUCAGCCCUCAAGAAUAUCAUCAUUAUGGGCUUGCAGCACCUCUGUAUACACAUUUUACUUCACCUAUAAGGAGAUAUGCAGAUGUCAUUGUACACCGAUUGCUUGCUGCAUCUUUAGAGAUACACAAACUUCCAUCGAUAUUCCAAGACCAACCGCAACUUACUAGUAUUGCUGACAAUUUAAAUUAUCGGCAUAGAAAUGCCCAGAUGGCGAGUAGGGCCUCAGUAGAGCUACAUACUCUCAUCUACUUCAGAAAACGGCCCACAGACACGGAGGCCAGAAUAGUGAAGAUAAGAGCCAAUGGCUUUAUUGUGUUUGUGCCCAAGUAUGGUAUAGAAGGUCCUGUGUACUUGACACCGAGAAGUGAGAAGGGUGGUGGAGAAUGGUUUGUAGAUGAGCAACAACAGAAGAUUAAAAAGAUGGAUGGUAGCCUUUCUUUUAGUGUUUUGCAGACAAUAAGAAUUCACAUGGAGGUUGUGGAGCCACAACCCAAUCGUCCAAAACUCCAGCUCACCCUUAUUUAGAUGAGCCCGUGGCAUGUUACAUUGUAACUCAUUAGCAGCGUUUUAUGGAACUAUAGUGAUGUUUCAUUUGAAACAUCGAGGGUGGAGCACUGUGGACUAGGGAGGAAUGUAGUACUAUUGUAAUAUAGCUCGAUUUGAUUUAUUUGA